CAGUCCACUUCAGCGACCCUCGUCGACCGGAUCGACGACGCGUCCGCUUCUCCACCGCGUUUAUCGCGACUCGAGUAUCGACGAACGAGUUUCCCAAACGCGUAUCUACACCGGUACGGUAAUAAAUAUGGAUCUGCCUCGGGAUCUAUAACGCUCUUUCGCGCACGAGAGAGAAAAAAGAGUUAAACGACACUUUUCGAUGCGUGGAGAAGCUUCGACCCGAAUAAAACGAAACAACGACGACAACAAGUGCGCGAAUAGGAGCCGUGUGAGAUUACCCGUGUGAAUCGAAAGUUGAAAAGAAGGAAGGAAGAUCGAUUAUUUAAACGUCGAAUUUAACGAGCGAGACGGAGAGUGCGGCGAGAGGGGGGGGGAGGACUCUAGCGGAUAGUACAGCGAUAUCGCGUCGCGCUAUGUGAGCUAAUUGGCCGAUCCCUCCUCUCUCUCUCUCUUCUCUCUUCCCUCCUCCUCCUCGCUCGCGCGCGCGUCAAGGACAGGCGUUUGGCCGGCGGUUGUCCGCGGGCCAGCAGGUGGCGGCUACCGCGCAAUUGAUGCAUUCGCCUGGACGCGACGAGGAUGAUGAUGAUGGACAUGGGCAUGUACGGAACCUACGGCAAGCCUGACUCGUAUCCCAACUACGUUUGCACGGGUCAAGGGAAUCAUCAUCACCAUCAUCAUCAUCACCAUCACCAUCAAACGACGGCCGGCCACCACGUGCCCGUCCCGGCCUCGCCCGAGCUGGCCCCGUCCCACUACUUCCCCCAAUCGGCCGUCUCCCCUUACUCCUCCUCCUCCUCGGAGAGUUUCCUCGCCGCGGAAUCGGCCGCUUCGUCCGGCACCCCGCCCCAGCAAACUUUCUACACACCUUCAACGUCAACCGGCGCGCUGCACGAGGACGGAUCCGCGAUCAUCUCGUCCGAGAACGGGCUCAGUUACACGAAUUUGGAUUACACGGCCGCCGCCUCCUCCUCCUCCUCUCCCUCGUACGGCGGAAAUGGAUCCUCGGUCGAUCCUCAGGGCUACCACCACCACCACCACCACCACCACCACCACUUGCAGCAGACGGGGUACAGGGAUCACCACCACCACCAUCAUCAUCAUCACGACCCCCAGCAAUCGGCGGUCGGGAACGGUGUCGUCCAGCAGACAACCUCGAUGAUGACGAGGGCGGCCGAGCACGAGAGUCACAACAACAACAAUCACCAGUUGCACCACCACCACCACCACCACCAGUCAUCCUCUAGUCAUCACCACCAUCACCAUCACAACGAGGCCGAGUAUCAUCAACAGUUGCCGCCCGUGGCCGGAGCGGCGACCGCCAAUUACGCGAUCCACCAGAUACAAACGGCGCCCGAGGAUUCGUUGCACUAUCAGAUACGUCAGAACGAUUACAACAACGUGGGGGGGCAUUACAAGGAGGAGAGUCAAUCGGAUCCCUCGUGUUAUCAAAUCUCGCUCCAGCAAACGUCAGCAGCCGGCCACCAGCAUCAUCUUCAGCAUCAUCAUCAUCAUCAGCAGCAGCAGCAGCAGCAGCAGCAACACCAUCAUCCUCAAUCGCAGCAGCAGCAACCGCACGUACCUACGUACAAGUGGAUGCAAGUGAAGAGAAACGUGCCCAAACCAGUCGCAGCAAAGACAAAUCCAAAUGUCGGAGAAUAUGGCGGCAGCACUGGUGGGAACGCGUCUCCGUACGCCACCACGGCGAACGGUCCAGUGAACUGCCUUACCGGUGGACCUAUGGCCGGUAUCGCAGGUAGCUUCAACAAUACCGGCCGAACCAACUUUACAAACAAGCAACUUACAGAACUCGAAAAAGAAUUCCAUUUCAACAAGUACCUGACUAGAGCGAGACGUAUUGAAAUCGCGUCAGCGUUGCAACUAAACGAAACACAAGUGAAAAUUUGGUUCCAAAACAGAAGGAUGAAACAGAAGAAGAGAAUGAAGGAAGGCUUGAUACCAGCUGAGAGUACGACUAUAAGCUCACUCAGUGGCGCUAGAAGUUCAAGUAAUUCGCCAACUAGUUCUUCGAGUCAUGAAACCAGUGGACUCGGUUUAUCUAGUUUUACAAGCGAUAACAGUCGGGAAUCACCACCUUCUUCCUCGAAAGAUUGACGCGUUCCUUGCUGCAGCAACGAACGUCUAUAUGGCCUACGACUUAACGAUGAUUGGUGAAAACUAAAAGAAUAAAAAAAAUGUUAUUUUAAAUCGCGUGACUUGAAUUUAUAUUGACUUGAAUUUUCUUGCUGCAGCAGCAAUAGUAAUUAUAGUAAUAUUUCCAAUUUUACUAGAACGAAAUCAUUAUAAUAAUAUAUAAUAGUCUUUUGGCGAUCUUGAAAAUUAUCAAAAUUAAUCGAACAUAGAUUAGAAAUUGAACGAUGUAUGUACUACUUAUGUGAAUUAUUUAUUUUUGAUUGAGUUAUAUAUUGUAAAGACAGUGUGAACAGAAUUCCCGAAAGGUUACCAUAUACCUCAGUUUGUGUAAAUGGUAUAACAAUAUUUAUAUAUAAUUAUAAAUACCAAUGAUAUUGAUCAUGUCAUAUUAAAAAAAAAAAAAAAAAAAA